AUGCAGUUCUCUCUUUUCGCACUCGGAGCUCUUGCAACUGCUGCGACAUGCUCUCCUCUUGCAAUGCCAGAGGCGUUCUUGACCUCUCUGGAGUCUCGCGCCGCCAACAAUUGCACCCAAUACUGCUCUGUCUCUGCCGGCUGCGCAAGUACUACCUGCGAGUACUCAGAUCAUUUAAUGCUAAUCUUGGGAACAGGCCAGAGCUGCACAGGCCUCCAGGCAUACGUUCCUAUCUGCAUCAACACUCCGUGGUACCACUACACGCCGCCAGUUCAGCCAGCUUUCGGCACCCAUUACACCCCUGACCAGACCCCUGUUCCAAUCAUGCCAAACAUCAUUUCCAGCUGCCAGGACUUCGAGCUCGUUGCACCAGGUACGCCCGUCGAGGAUCUGGCCACGGAGAAUGAUUUCCCUGUGGAAGACUUUGCCAAAUGGAAUGGCAACAGCUCAUCUCCCUGGGCUGCCUAUUGGUCUUGCGUCAAGGCUUAA